CCCGACCGACAGACCGACCGACCGUCCGACAGCCCGACUCCGACUCUAUCCGUGUGAAUGCGAGUUUGUGUUCGCCGCGCCUCUCUCGGUGCGGUGCCUCUGUCGGUGGCGACUACACGCGAGCGCCACGGCCUUCGGCGUGUGUGCGCCGCGCACGUCCGUGUGCGCGCGUGUGUUAGAUGGGGUCCCGGCCCGGCUCGGCGCUCUCGGUCCGUCCCGUCCCGUUCCGUGGAGUAUCGCGCCGCGCCGCGCCGCUCGCCACCCGCUAUCCACAGCAGUUUCAGCCAGCCCGCCCGCCCGACUGACUGCCAGUGUCCCACCGCACGCCGAACCGUUUGCACUCAGAAGCGAUCAGGGAGCCCUUCUCUGCCUCCCUACCGACCACCCGCUCGCGUAUACGCUCUCUCCGUCGGCACCCCACCUCGCCCUUUCUCGUCAACCACGGUAGUCGCCCUUCCUUGUUUCCCUCGCUGCCGCUCCGAUUCUGUCUCCCUUUUUCUCUAGCUUUACACACACACACACACACGCACACACACACACAUACACGUACGCAAGUCGUCCUCUCUUUCCCUCUUGAAAUUUUCUCCCUCUCCGUCCGUAGCGCGCGGCGUUUCUUCGCAUCCCACUCUGUCCCAUCGAAGCCUCUCCUCCUCGCCCUCCUCUGCCAGUCGAGUUACACUCGGCGAACGCACGAGCACCGGCUAUCGCUCUCUCCGUCUCCUAUCUCCGUCGGCUCAUUCUCCAUCUCGUUUCUCCACCCUCUUGCCUCUCGCGUCCUGUCUGUCCCUCUCUCUCCGACGCGUUUAGCCUCCCGUCUGAUCCCUCCUUCACGCCACUCUACGCUCCCUCCACGCUCCGAUUCGGCUGUCCUCGUCUCGACACCGCAGCCAGCCAUCCUACCUCUCCGUUUUCGACUCCUCUCUCGUCUGUCGGUCCCGAUCCCUCUCCCUCUCGCUCUCGGGAGUAACGCCGGUGUGUACUCCCGCUGUCACCUGAUCGCGGGACGCUUUUCGCGGGUGAGAUACCGCUCGGCCACCGAGUCAACCUAGUCUGCCGGCGCUCGUUCUUGCUCCGAUUCUUCCUUUUCGCUAUCCUCUCUCUCUCUCUCUCUCACUCUUCCCCCUCCUCCCUCGUCCCAUCUCUGUUUCUCUCACUCGUUCUGUCCGUCUGUCCUCAUUCUGUCUCUCUCACUCGCACUGCCUUCUACUCCUCCUCCCUCCCCACCCCCGCGCAGCCUUCCUCUCUACUCUUCCACCGCCGCUCUUCCUCCUGCCGGCCGUCGUCGUCGUGGUCUUCCUUUACUCGCCUCGUUGCCGCGCGACGUCAACAUCGUCGGGCUGGUGGUUACCCGGUGGAAGACGAGAGCCGAGAAAAAAAAAAGGAAAACGAAGCACAGAAGAGUGGCCGCAACCGAGCGUCCGACGGCGCUCGUCCACGCGAGACCGGGUUGCGAGGACGAUCUCGCGCGAUCUUCUUCCUCCUUUCACGGAUCUUCGCCGGCACGUCGCAGUCGUCCGAGGAGAGAGAUAGAGAGAGGGAGAGAGAGAAAGAUAGAGAGAGAGGUGACACUUUCGGGCAGACACGCGGCACGGAUCUCGCACACUCGGCGGACGCGCGCGACGGACACGGAAGAGCCGCGUAACGUUGCGGAUCGGUGACAGUGCCAAGAGAUCUCGUUUUUUUUCCUCUCUCUUUUUCCGAUCUCCAUCCGGGCUCUUUGUCCCGAAAGCGACUUCGCGAAUCGAGCGCGGAUCUCGCUUCGAUCUUUGCCAGUGCGUGAGCGACCAUGCGUGUGAUCUCGAUGUGACAGUGUGAAGACGACGAUUCUCAAGGUCGCAGCAUCACCUUGCCGUCGUCGUCGUCGUCGCCGUUCCCGAAGGAGAACGUCGAGGCGUUUCUUAGACAAUACUCGCGUAGACUGCGAGUGACUUAUCUCGCGUACGAAACUACGUCGUAGUGUUACGUAGAGUGAUCGUGGAUGAUCUCUGUGGUGUGAUCUUGGUGUGCUCGAAAAGUGUGCUGGUCAAUGUCGAUGUGCCGAUCGCGGGAUAACGGUGAACAGAACCCCGGUAGCAACACGUAAAUACGCACAAUAUGGCUAGCGCAACGACGAUGGGCUUACGUCGCAGAGCACCGGUGAACAGCUCGCCGACUCCCUCGAGCCAAUCGCUAUCCACGACGUCGUCGUCAUCGAGCAAGCGUUCGAGGAGCGAGAAUAACAACAGCCCGUCCCACGGCAAUCUGAACUCGAUGAACGGUGGCACUCGGGACGAGCCGCCGGCGAAGAAGUCCCGCGGGACUUCGACGAGUGGAGGAAAGGGUAAUAGCUCCUCCUGUCCCACCUCCUCAUCCUCCAUCUCGACGACCACAAGUAUCUCAACCGACAGCCAGAUCUCGAAGAGUCGUGGAACUUCCGUCUCGAGAUCGGCCACUCAGACAAAGUCGUCGUCCACUUCGAUGGCUGCUAGCACGGCCUCCUCGACGAGCGAUAUAUCGAAUGGUUCCGUGCUUUCAACUAGCUGGCCGACCACGUCGAACAUGUCGGACGUGCCGUCGUACGCUUCCGUGACCGGGCUGGGCUUGACGGGUGGACAAACGGCCGCCAGCCUGUGCGCCGGAAGUCUCGGCAUGCCACCUACGCCGAUUCCACCCUACAUGUCGACCUCCAUGGCGACCUUCGUCGGCAACGCCACGAACCUUGGCAAGAACUCGUCCGUCUCGUACCUCGACAUCUCCAACAUGACCAGCGGUUCCUUGGCCGCUUCCGGCGCCGCGAACUCGUUAAACGGCGGAUACGCGGCGAGCGGUACCGCCGCCACCGUCGCGGUGGACGCGAAGGGCGGAAUGGCGAUGUCGUAUACAGGAAUGUCAUCGCCGAAUAUGAAUGGCGGCGCGUACGGCGUGCAAAAGGGACAGGGCUCGAAGGGGGUCGUCGACGGGGCUGCCGUUCCAUCGCCGAGAAAGUUUCAAAACGACGCUAUGUACGACGCCUAUCAGCCGUGGGUGAUCAAGACGUACGGUGAUCUCGCCAAGACCAAGACGAUCACCAUCAAGAAAUACGGACGUAUCUUGAGGACUUUGCGGGGCGAGGAAGUGAACAGCGCCGAGAACAGCAAGUUCCGUUUCUGGGUCAAGAGCAAGGGUUUCCACAUCGGCCAGCCGGAAGGCUACGACGCGAAAGCAGCCGACAGGAUUAUCGGACGUCACGCCGUCACGAGCCCCGGUUUGGAUCCGCCGCUCUACGUGCCCACGCAGCUGCCGCACAACAAGGCGUUAAAUGGUGCCGAAGGUACGGUUCCACCUGGAAGAGUGUACAAGAAAGUCGCGAUUGUGGAAAAUUUUUUCGACAUCAUUCACGCCGUUCACGUUGAUCUCGAAGGACGUCCUGGGAAACAUGCUGGUCAGAAGCGUACCUAUAGAACGAUUACAGAGACGUACGCAUUUCUACCCCGAGAAGCGGUAACGCGAUUUCUACUGGGUUGCACGGAAUGCCAGCGGCGUCCACGGACGCCCAGUCCGACGAACUUAUCUAAUCAGCCACAGUCUACGCAGUCAGCGACGCUCGGGUCGACGUCAACUCCGCUGAGCUCGAAUCCCGUCACUCUCGCGACCUCCUCGUCGUCGUCGUCGUCGUCGUCGACGACGACGCCGUCUUCGUCGGUGCAAAGUAACCUUAAGUCGCGCAACAGCAAUCAACAUGCGUCGUCGGAGGGUAAAAACUUGCACAACUACAGGCACCAAAAGCAUCACAAGACCAGCGGCGCUGGCGCCACUGCGGACUCAAAACUCGACAAAGACAAAGAUGAGAAGUACAAUCCGCUGAGUAUCACGAAUCUACUGAAGAAGGAGCCGGUGAGCAGUGGUUAUCUCGCGAGUUCGGACGCUUUGCCGGAAUCGAGGAGAACACCGGAGUCGGAUCGAGCGAGCUCGAAGAGCUCGGCGUCGUCAAAGAGAAAACGGAUGCUGCCGGAGGGACGGACGCCCUCGCCGCAACCCAGCCAGCCGUUGCCGAGGCCCUGGAGUCCCGGGCUGGACCCCAAGAACACGCCCAUCGACUACAGCUUACCUAUCACCACUUCGUACUUGAAGCAUCAGCAGAGACUGAUGCUGCAGGAGAAGAACAAGGAAGCCGCCUGGAAUGCGCUGAGGGAGGGAAUACACUCCGAAACGACGGAGUCGAAGGCCGUCUCGACCGUCGCGACGCCGCUCGUCGAGGAGACCGAGAGCACCGAGAGGGAGAGGUUCUCGCCGGCCACCGGCCUGAUCGACACGAACCUCAAUUUAUUGGCAACCAUCCAGCAUCUGCAUUGUCAAGUGAUGCUGGCGCUCACCGAACGACUGAGACCAUCGUUGGCGGUGCCGAGCCCUUUAGUUCUACCAUCGACUUCGCCCAAUGUUCUCGUGGGCACGAUGAUGAUGGGCACGGAGGUGUCAGUCCAGACGGGAGAGAAUCAUUCGUGAAUCAAUCGUCGGUGCGAGGAGAAGAAGAGAGUGAAUCGAUUUUCACAGUGAUUUUUCCCUCUCCCGGAGGUGCGUAAAUAGCAAUGAGUUACGAUUAUCAAGAAACAAGAUUAGCGUUUCCGUGAGCAGAAUGAAUUCGCGUCGAUACAAUACUGCCUGAAAGUCUCGCAUAUAUCGAGAUUUUAAUUCGUUCUAGACAUCGCGUUCGCGAUAAAAAGAUUAAGCCGAUCAGACAACGGAAGUCUGUAUUUACCGAAAAAAAAACACGCGUUAAAAUUCGUCCACCCUAUUUGCGUUUCCGUCGCGAUCACGCGGUUUACACGAGGCUCCGCCUCGUACAAAAUGUCGAUCGCGGUCGCUCUUCAUCUUUAAUUCGUUCCUAAAUACGUAUCCGUUUGACGCGCGCGAUUGCGAAUACAGCGCGACGUCUACUUACCGUCUCGUUCUCCCCCGCACUUUAGCCGAGGAGCGAAACGACAGAUAAACGCAAUUACAUAUUGAACCGGACGGGAUCGAUUAUUGUCGUCGUACUUGUGUCACACAUUUCAUCCGAGCGGGCCGACCGGCCUGACGUUUGCUCGCGUCCAACGUCGGUCGGCGCCUAAUAUAGACGACGGACCAAGCGAGCGAAAUAAUUCCCCAGGUCUGUCGAAAUACGGGUCGAUGUGUCAGGGAUUCGCGCGGCGCUUUCUAUGUCCGAUAUUUAGAGAUCCGUUACGCGGAGAGUGGAUCACGAUCCGACGGCUGUCGCCGGACUCGGUUCCGAAUCGAUCCAUUCCAGGCGGGGCAAAAGAGCGAUAGUCCGCGCGGCGACACCGCGAAGGUCUUGAAUAUUCAACGAGCCAGCGAGACGGGGAGGGAGGGUGAGGUAAAAAGAGUGAGAGAGAUAGAUAGAAAAGGAGAUCCGAUUUCUCGUUUUCGGGCGUCAUCCGAUGAAUUCGACAACAUUCGGCGUCGUUGUCGACCUGACGAAUUGUCUUUUAUCUUUUAGGACGCGCGACGAUUCGCCUCCUCGCGACUAAUUAUAACGCGCUCCAAAAUGGGCGACUGAUAUUCCAAGAUGAAUGAUGAACUCUUUGAAUUUUACGGCUCGUUUUCUCGUAACGGAAAUAUCUCGGCGCUAAUAAUUUCUGUGUUAUAAAUCAUAAAAACAGAUCGCGCGAAUUAAACUUCGGGGCGAUAAAUAAGUAAUGUAAUAUUACCUGUCGAUACUGUUCAAUCUUUCAGAGGACGAAUUUUCUUGUAACAGAAUUUUAUUUAAGACUCGUUGGAGGGAAAUGGAGGAAAUUUUUCCGUGGGUAACAUGCACGUCGAGAGACGAAACGCGUUUUAUUUUCUUUUUUUUUGUCUAUUUAAACGGUAUAAUGCCCUCGCAAUCUCAGACGGUCUGAAUUAAUGUCGGUUGAUGCGCGAUCAGGUAACAUCUCAUUGACGAGAAAAGGGCCGGUUGCAUCUAGCCGGUAUCUCGUUCUACCUUGUAAUCGUAAUAAUGUUAUCGCGUAUAAUUACACACAAUGGGAGGGUAUUCGAGGCGAGUCCGAGCGCGCGACUCGUCUCGUCCCAUCUCGUCUUGUCGCGUUUCGCUGAACCGGUUGAGAUCCGGUGUUAUCCGUAGCCCGCAAAUUUCUCUCUUACGUUGUACUAAUUAUCAUUUUAUUGCCAUUAUCAACGCGGCGACUUUUUGGCGAUACUGCGUCGGAACUGCCUGAUGGAACACGUUAUUUCAAAUAAAAAAAAUUGAAAAUCCAUUUUAUAUCCAUCUUAAAGCUGAGCAUUAUCGUUAUAUUAGCGUAACUUUUUUUACCUUGUUUUAUUUUUAAAAUCUUCAUGCUUUUUACACUUUGUUUUUAAAAUAGAAACAUGAAAUUUCAUUAAAUGACAUUUCAGAUUCAUGUGUUCGUUCUUUUAAAAUGGGUAUCGAUACGAUACUAAUUUAAUUGAGAUUUACUUUUGGAAAACUAGAGAUAAACGACUGGUUUCUCUUGGUUUCGUGAAAAUUCCUUGCACGUGACUAAAGUGACAGGAGACAUACCCCCGUUUCGUGAAAUAACUUGUUCACUUAGCCAUCGUUGCGGAUCCAAUACCGACUAUAUACCAAAGGCAACGUCACUUCGAGCUCUCGCUUUGAGCGCGACUGUCGUCUUCGUAGAGCAAACCG